CCAUCUCUUUCAAAGCAUAUAUACGCACACAAUAAACGGUGUUAUAUCAUCAUACUAUAACUGGUAAGGCCCAUAACCAAAGAAAAAAAGAAGAUUCUCUCUCUACUAUUCUAAUCUCCGACGAAGAAACAGAGUUGUAUGGCAAGCGGAUCGAAGAGCUCUCAGUUGAUCACCGGCUUAAGGAAGCAACUCGUGAACGCCAUAUUUCCACGCGCUUCCCCACGCGCCACAGCUUCGGCCUCAGCUCUCUUGGCUUCACGUAGGAAUGGUCAUUCCUCGGGGUAUGACAAGAACGUGGAGGAUGAGUUGCAGGCAAGUGCAGUACCUGAGGACGUCGUAAAGCCAGAUUCUGAUAAAUAUUGGUCUCCUCAUCCUCAAACCGGAGUCUUUGGUCCCUCCACGACUGAGGACAGUCCUGCCGCGGAGGCUGCUCGCCAGAACUCGGCGGUGAUGGAGGAGACUGCUUGGUUUCGUCCGACGAGUCUCGAGGAUUCAGACAAGACUCACCAUGUUUAAGUCUCUCACUCUCCGUCAGUUUGUUGUGUCUUCCGAUGUAAUGCUGUAAUAAAAUUCUAAGUGGAGAAACUGUAUGUCAAGUAGUGUCCUGUAUAAACUUUUCGGUUCUGUUAUGUCUGAACUCUGAAGUCCUUUUUUUUUUUCGGGUCAAAUAUGUCUGAAGUGUAUUUGUCGGACGGAAUCAUAUUGAAACGAUUUAAAUGAAAUUCGGUUAGUUUGAACGUAAACAAA